AUGCACCUAAUUAUUCGAGAAUUAUUACAAUCAGGUCUUAUUCGUCACUCUUAUUCUAAUUAUGCUGCUCCAGCAAUGUUAGUACCUAAGAAGGAUAAUACUUGGCGGAUGGUAGUUGAUUACAAGAAAUUGAACAGCAUCACUAUUAAAGAUAAUCAUCCUUUACCUAAUAUGGAACAAACAAUCCAAAUAUUAGGAGGAGGAUACCAAUUCUUCUCUAAGUUGGACAUGAAAAGUGGCUUUUGGCAAAUUCCAAUUAAAGAAGAAGAUAAACACAAAACGGCAUUCAUUACUCCAGAUGGACUAUAUGAAUGGAAUGUAUUACCUCAAGGUUUAAAGAACAGCCCUCCAUCAUUUCAACGAGUAAUGUUAGAUAUAUUAUCUCCGUGCCGACAAUUCUCAUUGGUUUACAUUGAUGAUAUUGUUAUAUUUUCUCGUACCUAUGAAGAACAUGUUAAUCAUUUAACUCAAAUUUUAUCUAUAUUAUCCAGUCAUAAUUUACAAUUAAAUUCAUCCAAAUGCUUUAUAUUACAUCGACAAAUAGAUUAUUUAUCACAUACUGUUUCACAGUUUGGAGUGAAACCUAGCAAAGAAAAGAUUCAAGCAAUUAUAAAUUUACGUGAACCUACAACAUUAGCAGCUGCUAAUAAAUUUAUUGGUGGUCUUUCCUGGUAUCGAAAAUUUAUACCUCAAUUUGCAUCUGUAGCAGCACCAAUUAUCUCGGUAACGAACUUAACAAAACCAAAUCGAAAGAAGUUCGUAUGGGGACAUUCUCAACAUGAAGCAUUUCUUCAAUUGAAGCAAUUAUUAAUUAGUCAACCAUUAUUUCUUCAGUUUCCGUAUGAUGAUUAUCCGGUAAUUUUAACUACGGAUGCAUCUAAGGUUGGUAUUGGUGGUACAUUACAACAAGUGAUUAAUGAUGAAACAAAGAAUUUAUAUUAUCAUUCUCAAAUUACUUCUCCCACUCAGAGGAGAUAUGAUCCAAUUGAACUGGAAGCACUGGCUAUAUGGGCAUGUUUUCGACGUAUGCGUUCAUAUUUAUUAGGAAGGUCAAUCAUUAUUUACACGGAUCAUUGUCCUUUAUGUAAUAUGAUGAAUACGUCUGUGAAAAACAGACGAGUUGAUCGGAUCUCUAUGUUAUUACAAGAAUACAAUAUCGAAAAAAUUAUUCACAUUAAAGGACAACAGAAUUGUCUUGCUGAUUAUUUAUCUCGUAACCCAAUACAAUUUGAACCUGAAGAAAUAUUUGAAGAAGAUUAUGGUAUUAAUACACUAUUUAAUGAGAAACCGCCGGUUUCGGCGUCUGUUUCCGUUGAUAAACACCCUGUUAUAGGUGCCGUUGUUACACGUUCAAUGAAGAAAAAAUUUGUCCAACAAGAAUUUGAAUUAGAUAAAUCUUCUUUAUCGAUGGAAAAAGAUCCAGACUCAUCUCCAUUAGAACAAGUCAAGGAUUUAUCAUCUCAAUCACCAGUUAAUUCAUAUACCAAUAAUCAAUUUGAUAUAAAAAAAAUUAAAUUGGAACAAACAAAAGAUCCUAUUAUUCAGAAAAAAGUCAAAGAAAUUCAACAAAAUCCUACACGUGGUUCAUUUGUAUUGCAUGAAGGAUUAUUGUAUAAAUUGAUCCCGACGAAUUUACGAAGCAUUACAAAAAUUAAAUUAAUUUAUAUACCUUCAUCUAUGAUUAAUACUCUUCUCAAGGCUUAUCAUUCAGAUCCAUUAGCUGGACAUUUUGGAACACGACGUACAUAUUACAAAUUAAAGAAUAAAUAUUGGUGGCCGGAUAUGAAACAAUCUAUUACUCAAUUUAUCAAGUCUUGUUUGCCAUGCCAACAAUACAACGUUAGUCGAUCAAAAAGACCUGGUUUACUUUGUCCAAUCGAGACACCAACUGGACCCUUUCUGCUAAUUGGGAUUGAUUAUUGUGGACCAUUUAAACGUACUCCAAGAGAAAAUCAAUAUGUGUUAUGCAUCACUGAUUAUUUUACUCGUUGGAUUACUGCCGUUGCUUUACCUGACUGUACUGCUCAAACGACGGCUCAAACAAUUUUCAAUGAAUAUAUUUGUCGAUAUGGUGUUCCAGUUUCAAUUUUAACUGAUCAAGGUACGCAUUUUAAUAAUCAUUUAAUGGAAUCAAUGGCUCAAUUAAAUGGAUAUAAUCAUAUAUUAUCUACUGUUUACCAUCCACAAAGUAAUGGAAUGAUUGAACGUUUUAAUGCUACCUUUGUACCUCAAUUGGCUAAACUCCAUGAUCGUGAAAACAACAAUUGGGAUGAAUAUUUACAAUCAGUGGUAUUUGCAUACAAUACAGGUGUUCAUGCAGCUACUCAACAUUCUCCAUUUCAAUUACAAUUUGGCCGUGAUGCACGUAUGCCUACAGAUACAACAUCAAAUUAUGUGUUUUAUAAACCGUCAGAUUAUUACAAUCAAUUAAAGAAAAGUCUUAAAAUUAUUCAAUUAAAUGCUCAAAAACAAUCAAUUUAUUCUCAUAUGAUCAAUAAAAAUUAUUAUGAUAAAAAUCGAAGUAAUCCGCAAUAUGAAAUUAAUGAUAAAGUUUUGAUUAGAAUUCACGGUUUAAGGUCAAAAUUAGAUCCACGUUAUUCAUUGACUCCGAAAAUUAUUAUUCAAAAACAACAUCCAACAUAUUGGGUUAGAGAUCAAUUGAAUGAUCAAGUCACUAGUGUACAUGUCAAUGAUAAACGUCCGAUAUUAUUACUAUAA